AUGAAGAACGAGAACGACCCCGCAUUGCCUACCCUGCAAGCCCAGACCGAGGCGGGGGCACCGAUAGCACUGCCAUGGAGUCGGGAAGAAAGGUCACUAUUGGCAGGGUUCGACUCGUCCAAGAUGGGAGACUUCUCAGAUGGUCCUUGGAAAGCGACGGCAUCUCCGUUUAGCGCCCAGUCAAUUGUCAGAGCCACAAUAGUUCCUGACGCUAGUGGCGGCGUCGGAGUUUACCGUGAAGGUUUCUCCACUCGUUCUGCAUCUUCUAACGAGCACCUGAGCGCCUCGCUUGGUGUCACUGUCGGGUAUUCUUUCCUGAAUGCCAAUGUAACCGGUGAAUAUGACAAGAACGUGAACGAGACAAAAAACGCCUUUCAAUCCUCACGGAACGCGUCGUUCCGCAUGGGCCGCGUGGUUCUAGACCGCCCCCCGGAUUUUUCACUCGAAGCCUCCACACUCCUCGCGCAGCCUGAUGGAGACUCCCGCUUCUGCGAACGAUAUGGAGACUACUAUAUUUAUGGGUAUGAACUUGGCGCCGAUGCAGGCGCCUGCAUUUCUGCAGAAAGCUCGGAAUAUUCGUCUGAAGAGACCCUUAAAAUCACCGUCACUGUGAAGGUAUUGUUUUGGUCCGCCAGUGUCUCUCACACAGAAACAUUUAAAGAACACAAAUCGUCGGCAAGUUUCGCCUUCUCGGGAUUCAAUACUCUCGACGGCGAGGUCAAAAAGUAUCCGGGGGUCUCGCCGGAUGGUUCAACGUCAGUGGAGGGCCUGGUUAAGAUGCAGAAAGAGGCGAGCGAACAUCUGGCCCGCGUCGCUAGGCUUGAUCAUGAGAUCCAGAAACGCAUGGCCAGUCUCGGGCUGACCGAGGACGCCAAACUACCCCUGAGCUCGUGUGGAGAAGUUUGUCGCUCGGGCUUGGUCGUGCAGCUUCUGCUAGCUCCGUUCGCGAACCUAUUCGAAUACCAGGCAAUUUGUGCGAAGCGGCAUCCCCUUGCUAUUGGAGCCACUGAUGCCAUGGCUGCGCCACUAGCCCCGCUCUCUAACAAAAUCCGACGCUGCUGA